CAGAGGAAGCGGGGACACGGCGGACCGGGGCGUUGCUGCCCGCGGGGCCCGGCGGCGGAUAAUGGAGUCUCAUAACUCUAACAGCCUUCACAAGAGUAAAUCACCAGCUUCUGGAAGUGAAGAUGAGAUUGAGUUCAUUGGAGAAGGACCUUUAAGGCCUGUCCUUGAAUGCAUUGAUCUCAUCAGCAGUGAGGAUGAAGAACCUAGCAGCAGUUCUUAUUUUCAUAGCAAUUCCAAGCGUAAGGAUCACAUUGACUACCAGAAGGAACGAGUUGCAUCGACCCUGGAUCGCCUGGCACGCCAUGUUGAAGUAGAGAAACAGCAAAAAGAAGAGAAAAACAAAGCCUUUAAGGAGAAAGUUGAUUCCCAAUAUGCCCAUGGGUUGCAAGAACUAGAAUUUAUUCGGGAACACAGUGAUACAGAAGCUGCAAGGUUAUGUGUAGACCAGUGGUUAAAAAUGCCAGGUCUGAAACCAGGCUCUGUUAAUGGUGGAAGAAGGGGUAAUUUUAGGAGGACAGGUCAGACUCAAGUCAACAGCAGACCCAAAUGUUGUCCUGUGAUGCAUUGCAACAGACAGUUUGAUAAUGUACAUCUUCUUCUGGGUCACCUUCAGAGGUUUGAUCAUUCUCCUUGUGACCCAACAGUCACAUUACAUGGACCCCCACAUAAUGCUUUUGCCUGUGUGAUAUGCUGUGAAAGAUUUGCAACCUCUCAGCAGUACAGUGAUCAUCUUUUAUCUAAGCUAAAUGAAAAUGAUGGGCAUAAAAAAGGUAUUCCUCCACAGCAUAUUCAGUGCUUUGCAUGCCCAAAGUGCUUCCUCCUUUUCACCAAAAGAGAUGAGUGUUGGCAGCACAUGUCGCAACAGAUACACAUCAUCCAGCUUCCUGAACAGAGUGAUGCACUGAAGUCUGGUGAUCCACUACCUUUUCCAUCCUUUGCAAAGAACCUUUUGAUAUCCCUGUGUAAAGAGGUCUCCUUCCAAGUGAAAUGUAUGUCCUGCUUCAAAAUACUGCGCUCACAUAUGGAAUUAACAGCUCAUUUCAGAACACGUUGUUAUAAUUCUGGGCCCAUGGCACUUUCAAAGAAAAGCAUCUCCCAAGUUGCAGAGAUAUUUAAAACGAAAGGUCACUGUGAGAACUGUGAUGAACUGUUUGCUGAUAAGAAUCAGAUGACCCAACACAAACAAACCACUCAACAUAACAUUAGAGUUUUUACUACACUGGAAGAAUCAAUCUUGAUGUUCUGCCAUGUCAAUGGAAAACAUAAAAGUCAGUCUCAUUUGGCCCAUAUUGUGGAACGGUCAAGACCACUGCUGAAAAGACACUUGAGUCCAGAUGAGUCCUCCAGUGAAACAGGAUCUAGUCCUUCAAAACGGAGGAGUAAUUCAGAAGGUAAAAGUGAAGAUAAAGUUGCAAACCAAAGUCAAGGUACUGCUUCCAAAGUAAAAGCCUGGUUUUGUGAAUGCCUUCAAAAGUUUUUUACAGAAGAGUCAGUAGAAAAGCACAUUUUAUCAGCAAAUAGGAUUUGUCACAAGUGUGCUGUGUGUGGAAAACUGGCUGAAAAUUCAAGCAUUAUCCGCCUGCAUAUGAGUCGAUUCCAUGGAGGAGCACACUUGACUAAUUUUCUUCUCUGGUGCAGAGCGUGCUCUGUAGAUCUUAGAGAAGAGGAUAUUAUGAGACAUGUAACUGAAUUUCAUGGUGGGCAUAGUUACUACUACGAGCAAGAAGCUGUAGAAGAUGAACCUAUGCCAUCUGCUUCUGAUGCAGUGAGCAUUUCUGCAGGUGGAGAUAAAGACUGCAUUUCUGGCCCUGUGGAACUGUCCCCUGAAAGUGGUCCUGCUGUGGGAAAAUGGCAGUGCCGCAUUUGUGAGGAGAUGUUUGAGUCUGAAGAGAGUGUUCAACAACACUGCAUGUCCUUAGAAAGCCAUGCAUUUCACAGGUACUCAUGUGGCAUAUGUAAAAAUCAUUUUCGGAAAGUAGGAACUCUGCAGCGGCACUUCCAAGAGCAUCAUAAUCAGGAGAUGCAGAUUAAAUAUUUCUGUGGCCUUUGUGGUAAUUUCUUCUUCAACACAGAGGAAGAAUUUCUAAUCCAUUACAAGACGCUUCAUAGCAUGGACUAUACAUUUGUGCCUGAGCAGAUGGAGCUGUCAAUAAAAAAGGAUGAGGACUUCCUCCCAGUGGAACAAGGAGAGCGCUUAACCUGCGGUUGCCGGACCACUUACAUCUCCAAAAUAAACCGGAGGAACGAUCAUGAGAGUUGUCAGAAAGCCAUGCUGCAGAAAGGAAACUUGUGGUUUCGCUGCUGCCUGUGCUCUGCCACGGCACAGAAUAUUGCUGAUAUGAACAGUCACCUCAAGAGCCACAAGUCAGUAAACUCUAAGGGAGAGAUGUAUGUUGUUAGAUGUGCUGCAUGCAACAAGAACUUUGAUGAUCUCCAAAGCGCGCAUCAGCACUAUCACAUGAAACACUGCUUCUUGCAGAAACCUGAUCUAUCAAGUCUUGCAGCAGAAUCAGAAGACACAGUAUUCAAGUUUUCUGCAAGUGGGGCUUGUGUGGUCAGAAAAACUAACAGGCAGCAAUUUCAAGCAUCUCCAUCCAAAACUCAGGACAGUCAACAGUUUUCUUCUCUGCAGGCCCCAAUAGAGGGAAAGAAAAUUAAAAAUGAGGACUUAGAACAUUCUGAAGAACUUAGUGAAAAUGGUGAACUUCCUGAUCUUGACUAUCUGAGUACCAUGACUCACAUUGUGUUGGUGGAUCUGGACAACUGGGGAAGCUUUUUCACACAGCUGCCAGCUAACCUGAACCAAGGGACAUUUAUCUGGGGUUUUCAAGGAGGAUACAGCAACUGGAAGCCUCCAGUGCAUUGCAAAAUUUACAAUUAUCUUAAGAGGAUUGGAUGUUUCUUUCUUCAUCCACGUUGCAGUACCAGAAGAGAAGCAGCAGACUUUGCUCUCUGUGUUCAUGCUGGUCGUCUGGAUGAGCACCUGCCCAAGCAAAUUCCUUUCACUGUUCUUUCUGGAGACAAAAGCUUCCUGGAACUGGAAAACCAAUUCAAAAUGACCCAGCGGUCAGCUCGCAUCCUGAAUCCUCACCACAUUGAAGGGGACUUGAUGUGUGCCUUGCUAAACAGCAUUUCAGAUACAACAAAAGGUUCAGAUAGUGAAGAGGAUGAAGAUAUGAAAGAAACACUGAAGCGGAGCUUAGAAGAAACAAAGAAAGAAGAAUUUAUUCAGUUUUUGACAUUACAGUCUUUUUUUAUUUAUGCAGAACUGCAAGAUGCAGAACUGCAAGAUGCAGAACUGCAAGAAGCUAUCAAAAGGAGCCUUGAGGAAAUGUAAAGGAAGAUACUUCAGUACACUAACACCAUGCCAUCAGAACUGCUCACAAAAAUGGAAGCUUGUUCCAUCUAUUUACAAGGGUUCAAAAAUGCCACUUUUGAAAUGUCUGUAAUUGUUAGAUUAAUAAUCUGAUGUCCUCUGUCAUAUUGGUGAACAGCUGGAGUUUAUUCAUAUUCACAGCAAUGUGUUAUGUUUGAUAAAAAAAGAAUUUUAAGCCUUUUCAUAUUUGUUUCUAAGGGGUGAUGACUAAAUCUCUACAAUUUAGCAGUUUGAAAUUGUUGCCUAAUUAGUAGGCUGGUCUUACUAGGUAUUUUGGGGUUCCUGGUUGUUUGGGUUUCUUUUCUUAAAUUGGUUCUUGUAUUUAAUUUUUUUUUUGUCACAAAAUGUAAUUGUCUUUAUUUACUUUUUCAUGUGGUCUUUGCAACAGAUAAAAAUAGUAAACUCCAGUUAUCUCAGAUUUGCCUGGCUAAUCUUGUUAUAAAGAGAAGCUUAGAUCCCAGGGUUGUUGAACAUAUGGCUUAACUCUUGCCUGUGGCUGGUUUUACUUCAUAGGCCAUGAUUUUGUCUCUGUCCUGUUUGUUAUAAAUGUCUGAAUCAGAACCACAGGCUGUAGUUUACCAGCUUCAUUUUUAUAAAUAUGUUUUGUUUUUUUCAAAAGUGGUAGAGUAUUUGGAUUUGAUGACUUAAGGUUUGAUGACUUCAUUUGAGUCAUCAAAUGAGAGUUUGAUGGCUCUCCCUUACCUGAAGCAGGAACAACCUUUUAAGGAAACAGAAUCUAAAUAAACUUUCUAGUUUCUGUUUGGACUACAUGUGAGAAGAUUUAAACUGUAAUAUUUCUGUAUACUAUAGUCUUUGCUCUCUUCUGCUCAUGAAGAGGUGGCAUUGGAUAAAUGGAUGUAAAUGUGCUAAUUAUUUUUGUACUGUCCUUACUUUAAUUAUUUUUGUUGAAAUUUAUCUGUCAUCUUUCUCAGUUUUGUUUAAAAAUACCUAUGCAAACUGUCCAGCUUUACCAGCCUGUUAUCCUUCAGUUUAUGACUGCUGUCAAUCAGUAAGAAUUCACAGUGUAAUAAAAUGCCACUCUAAUUCUUUUCUAUGAUUCA